AUGCGUUGUUGCGCACACAUAUUAAAUUUGAUAGUAAAGGAUGGUUUAGAAGUAGUGAAAGAUGGAAUAGAAAAGAUUCGGGAUAGUGUAGCUUAUUGGACUGCAACUCCUAAAAGAAAAGAAAAAUUUGAGGAGACAGCUAAGCAAUUGCGAAUUUCUUGCACUAGAACUUUAAGUUUAGAUUGUCCGACUAGAUGGAAUUCCACCUAUAAAAUGCCUGACAUUGCUAUUUUGUAUGAGAAUGUAUUUAGUCGUUUAAGGCAACGUGACACUCGAUACACUUGUGUUCCAACUAGUUCACAAUGGAAAUUUGCAAAAGAUGUUUGUGAAAGAUUGGAGUUGUUCAAUAAAAUCACUGAAAUCAUUUAUGGCACUAAGUAUCCCACUGCCAACAUGUUUUUUUCCUGA